AGAUACUUUAUUUUCUUGUUCUCUUUGAGAUGUUUGGUCAUUGUAGAUGAACCUGCCCACCUGGAGAACCCAGAUCAUCUCAGAUCAACAGAUCAUCUCCAGAUCCAGCACAGAGACACAGGUGAAGUGAGAGGUCUUAAACGCAUCUCAAACAGUCCAAUAGAAACCCUCUCUCACCCCACGCUCACUCUUCCGCCGGCCAAUCACGGAGAAGCACGCGCUGCGAUUUAAAAGCUCGAGUUCGUGCAGCAGCCAGACCAGUCGCGCGCACUCAGCCACCAUGCCGCGCGAGCCGGACACCUGAACCGCGCGCGGAUGAUUACUGUCACCAUGCUGCUGCACGCGGCUUACCUGGCGUACCUGGCGCACGUGAGCGCGAUCGUGGCGCGCGGAGGUCCGUGGCGCGCGCCGCACAACUCCUACGAGCACGCGCCGCACAGCACCGGCCACAUCAACGCUAGUGCGCUGGACGAGCUGCUGCUGGAGGCGAACGGCACGAGCCCGUACGCGCUGGACGAGAGCGCGCUCGCGGACUGGCGCUCGCUGGCGCGCGGCAGGAAGCGCGAGGGCGCGGAGUCUCAGCACGCGGCCACGGUGAAGGCGCUGCUGGUGGUCGCGUACAGUGUCAUCAUCGUCAUCUCGCUGUUCGGGAACACGCUCGUGUGCCACGUGGUGAUGAAAAACAAGCGCAUGCACUCCGCCACGAGCCUCUUCAUAGUCAAUCUGGCCAUAGCGGACAUCCUCAUCACCCUGCUCAACACACCCUUCACCCUGGUGCGGUUCGUGAACAGUACGUGGGUGUUUGGCCGAGGAAUGUGUCACAUUAGCCGCUUUGUGCAGUACUGCUCUCUCCACGUGUCCACUCUCACAUUGACCGCUAUCGCGCUGGACAGACGACAGGUCAUCCUACAUCCUCUGAAGCCGCGGAUGUGCACAGGUCAGGGCGCAGUGUGUAUCGUCUUCAUCUGGCUGAUGGCCACCUGUUUCUCGCUGCCUCACGCCAUCUUCCAGAAGCUGUUCACCUUCGUGUACAGUAAGGACAUAGUCCGUUCUCUGUGUGUGCCGGACUUCCCCGAGCCGUCUGAGCUGUACCGGCAGUACCUGGACCUGGCGACCUUCAUCCUCCUCUACGUUCUGCCGCUGCUCAUCAUCACCGCGGCGUACUGGGCCGUGGCCCGGCGACUCUGGCGUAGGAACGCCAUCGGCGACGUGACGAGCGAACAGUACUUCCUGCAGCGCAGGAAGAGGAAGCGGACCAUAAAGAUGCUGGUGCUGGUGGUGGCUGUGUUCGCGGUGUGCUGGUUUCCACUGAACUGCUAUGUGGUGCUGCUGUCCAGCCAGGCCAUUCACUCCAACAACGCCAUCUACUUCACCUUCCACUGGCUGGCCAUGAGCUCCACCUGCUACAACCCCUUCAUCUACUGCUGGCUCAACCAGGGCUUCAGGGCAGAGCUCACCUACCUGCUGAGCAUGUGCAGAAACUGGCGAGGGCAGGGGCGGGGCAACAGUUGCCGGGGCAACGAUCCGGACCCUAUGGCGCCCCCUCGGGAUGGGGGACACCACCGAGCAGCCUGGCCAGAGAGCCAGGCGUCCUCGCAGCAGUCCAACCCCAAAGAAAGCCACGCCCUUCGCUCCACGUCUCUCGGUCACUCAGGGAAGACCGACAUCCUCUCUGUGGAGCCGAUCGUUGCGGUUAGCUGACGCCGCGAGGCGCCUCAUGGGCCAGGCUGGUAAAGGCUGAUUAAUACUUCUGCAAAGAUUAAACUAAACAUAUUUGCUUACUGGCGAAGAGAAGGAUUUGUAGGUUGCAGAGGAGCUGAUGUGCAAUGGCUUAGGAAUCACAACGGCAAACCAUGUAGACCUAAAUCAGGGGUGUCCAAACAUCAAAAACUGAUUCAAAUCUAUUAGUUAAAUUAAUUAGUCUUUAAACAACCAAUGGGAUGUGAUUUCAGCCCCUGUGCCAUCCCUUUAAGAGGAGAAAAUCUAAAUCUGUGGCUCACGCACUGAUUGGUUGAUUGUUUGGACUUGGAAAUAAACCCCCAAACCUAAAACUAAAUGUCAUGCAGUGUUCUAACAGCAUCUUCUUUACCACAUUACUCAGUCUGUCCAGAUCUGUCUGGAAUCUGGAAUUUAAUAAAAGAGCAUCUCAUGGAUCUGGCUCGUAUGGUCCAAGUUAUACUUCGAAGGCGUGGUUUGUUGGUUCCUCUGCUCCUCUGUUGGCUUGCCUUUGCAGGCUACAAAUACCCAUAAACCAAAGAUUGAUUGAAAUCAAAUGUUGUCCUAGAUUGGCCCUGGCAUAACCCUGCCCAGAACAAUUUAGAGCUUUUCCUGCUUUAACACACUCAUUGCAAUUGUGAAAUGACUUAAAGAUUUAGGAGCUGAAUAGGUGACUUAGGUGUGUUUGGAGAAGGGAAAGAGAUAAAUAUGCAAGCCAGGGAGGCUGGCAUGUCUAGACAGCAGUUUUUUUCUUAUAUAAUUUGUUAACUUAGGGGUCUUUAUAGUACCAAACAAAUAGAACCCCUUUUUGGUGCUGAUUCUUGUCGACCAUCAAUUCAAACAAUUCAAUGAAAAACAUGUAUCUCCAAAGAGAUGAAAGCGAUAAAACUUUUUUUAAUUUCAAUGUAAUCCAAUGUAAGAAUUUCUAUUGGUAAGGGACAGUUUGUGUGUUUAAAUUAUAAAGUAAACUAAAAAAUCAACAAAAAUCAAGAUGCUAUGAUAUGCUGGUUAAGACCUCUGAGCAAAUAUGUUAUCACACUGAAUUUUAAUUUGCAGAAGUAUAAAUCAGCCUUAUCUCACUGAUGGUCUCAUUUAAGCAGGCUGAAUGGACUAUUAGCACUUAUUAGCAAGUGCUAAAUCUUCAUUGAAAGGGAGGAAACCGGCACCAGCAGGAUCUGCAGGACAUGCAGCUCUAAAUUGUGUGUUUUUGACCACAUGUAAGUAUGCAGUCCGUACUGCUUUGGGAUCAGGACAAUAGAUGUUUGUUUAUGUGGAAACAGAGAGAGUUUCAGGAUCAGGGAAAAUGACACUUUAGCGAGGCUGUGAAGGGUCUUGUGGUACUUUGCAUCACCUUCGCUUCAACAUGUGCUUAUUUUAUAGCCACUAAGUCACUUUUUUUGCAAGUAAGCCAUUGAUAUUUUUAGCAUUUUCAAGUAUUUCAGAUGUAAAAAAUAGGAAAGUGGGAAAUAUCAUUUUAUUUAAUAUUUUUUUCAAUCAGACUUGAAAUUGUCUGUUUGGCUCUUUAGCUAAACACUGUCAUUUGCUUUAGCCUUUCAUCAUCUCAGCUGAUCAGACCCGAACAAAAGCACAAGGCGAGGAAUCUACGUCUACAAUUAAUUACUGUGAAUGUGAAUAUACAUGAUGUACAUAAGCUUUGUUAAUCUUGAAGCUUUCUCUAUUAUCAGGAGAAAGAUGUGAUAUUUUGAGUCACUUUUACAACAUUUACGACAGUUUUCUCCAGAGGUGCCUCUUAGGUUUCAUGUGUUAUUGAUUCACUUACUUGAAUUCUGCAAACAGGGUCAAAGCUUUUGUUAAAAAGUGUUAUAUAACGAUUAACAUUUAGCAUUACUGUGAAACGACUGGCUGUAGCUUUAAAUUAAUGUUUUAAUAAAUAUACCCAAGUGUCUCCGUACCUCCAAUUAUUGGACCUGAAUGGGUAGCCCAUUUGGAAAUCAGAAAACUUUGUCAAUGAGCUUCAUGUUGGUCCAAUCAGGGUCAGUGAUAAGACCAGGAGUGGUGGGGGCACAUUUGGGAAGCCCAGCUGGGUCCCAAUAAAAACACAUGAGUCCAUGCCCACCUGGAACACAACUGGAAUGCAUGGUUAACUGGUGUCCCCAUUUCGCUUCUUUAGUUUAGCACUGGGCAUAUGAGGCUAAUGAUGCUAAUAAACACUAAUAUUCAACAUUAACCAAAAUAUUUUCUGUAAAUUCAUGCCAACAUUCUUCUCCUAAAUUAGCAUUUGUGGAUAUGGUUUAGGGUGAGAUAUUAAUUACUGUGGCAGUCUUAAUAGAAAGUGAAGUGUUGUGUCAAAUUUCAACCCUCCUAAAGAAUCCAGAAUUCAGCU